AUGGGGACCUACGAGCCCGGACGGUCGGUCGCUGGAGUGUCCGUGAAAGCAAGACAAUUCUCCUUUCUAGCCGCCUGCUCUUCGUAUUCGUUCCUUCGGGCCCUGUGCGUGCUGCGACAGAGUAAACGCUCCAACAAUGCUUCAGUUAUGAUGCCACAGUCACGACGCUUUUCUCGGCACAUUUUUUCAAACCUUCAAGCGACGAUACCUCGAAAAGCUCCGAGAAUGAAGUUCCCGAGUCUGGUAGAGACUCGGGAAGUUCAAAGGCAACGAAAGAGGACGGCCAUCUUCCAAGCCUUUUGCUGUUCCGAAAUGCGACCUUCUUCUCUAAUCAACGGAUCGAAUCCGAGAGAGGCUGAUGCCCUUCUCUCAUUCAAGCACGGGAUCGGGAACUAUUCGGAGGGUGCCUUGGAUGAUUGGACUCCUGGCAAGCGAUCAGAGUACUGUUCGUGGACCGGAGUCACUUGCAAUCGUCAGCAGCAUGUUACUGCUCUCAGCUUGUCUUCGCUGGAUUUGACUGGCUCGUUGGGCCCUUCGUUGGGCAGUCUUUCGUACCUGGAAGAGCUCCAUCUGGACGAAAACUCUCUGCAAAGCGAGAUUCCUCCGGAGCUAGGACGGCUCUCGAGGUUGCGAAUCCUGAACCUGGAAGAAAAUUGGCUCUAUGGAAGCAUUCCCAAAGAGCUGGGAAAUCUGACAAGCCUGCAAGUACUGAACCUUGGCUCUCAGGGAUCGUGGUUCAAUGGAACGAUUCCAGAAGAGCUCGGGCAGCUCUCGGAACUACGGUUUCUGAAUCUCGGAGCUGUGCAGAACUGGGUUGCGGAGAAGGUCGAUUGGAUGACCGCUAGAAAUAAACUCAGAGGCACAAUUCCCAGGUCCCUAGGAAACUGCACAAAGUUGUGGUACUUGGAUUUCUACGGCAACGACCAUCUUACAGGUGUGAUCCCAAAGGAGCUUGGAAAGCUUAUACACCUGAAGUAUCUCAGUUUUCAGCAAAAUAACUUCACAGGAGCUGUACCACAUCAACUGGGGAAUUUGACCAGAUGCGAAUACCUUUUUUUUCGAAACAACUCACUGCAAGGGCUUCUACCCGUGGGACUUGCAAAUCUGUCUCGGCUCCUCGCACUCGAUGUUGCGUACAACUAUUUCACCGGAAACCUGGUCCAUGUCAGUUCCACAUCUUGGUCUGAAUUAGUAUAUCUCCUUGCAGAAUAUAAUUCAUUUAGUGGAACAUUUCCUAAGCUCCUCCUCUCUUGUCGCAACUUGGAGCGGUUGGAACUCAGUUACAACAACUUCAGUGGUUAUCUGCCUGCGGACCUUGGGAGGCUGUCAAGUGCGAAGAUUAUCUACAUCCACAGCAAUAUGUUUGGAGGAGAGAUCCCUGAAUCUUUAAAAAACAUCAGCUUGCUCACCUUACUCUCCCUCUCCAACAACAAAUUCACUGGUGCUUUGGAUGCAUUCACGAAUUCAACACUCCUGGAAUAUUUGGGUCUGGGAAGUUGGGGUUUGGUCCAAAAUAAAUUCACGGGACGUCUGACGGAUGUGAUGGUGAAGUCGUGGCCAAACAUGAAAUAUCUGUACCUCUUCAACAAUGCUCUGAUCGGAAAGCUCACCAGGGCCCUAGGUAAUGUGACCCAACUUAUGGAUUUGUAUCUAAUGGGAAACAAGUUCGAGGGAAGCAUUCCUGAAGAGUUUGGAGACCUGCAAAAGUUGGAAGCGUUGAGUUUGUAUGACAAUGAGCUCACGGGAAAGAUUCCCGCUAGCUUGGCAAACAUGCAGGAUGUCUUACAUAUCAACUUGGCAAAUAACAAACUAACGGGAUCCAUACCCCAGCAGUUGGGCAACCUUACGAAGAUCCGGCUCUUGAGUCUGCAUACAAACAAUCUGACUGGGGAGAUUCCACCGGAUUUGGGGAAGCUACAAACCUUGGAAAUUCUAUACCUCUUCAACAACAAUCUCAUUGGCACCAUUCCAGUUACUCUAACCAACUGCAGUGCCCUGAGGUAUAUGAGAUUGAGUUACAAUUCUCUUAGAGGGCACCUAGCGCACACAAAUUUUGCAAGACUACAAAAUUUAGAGAUGUUGGGUCUCAACGGUAACCAAUUCAGUGGACUCUUUCCCGUCACAUUAUGGAACUGCUCGAAUCUGGGGUGGUUGGAUUUGAGUAGAAACCACUUGUCGGGGGUGCUGCCACAGUUUGAUGUCCUAAAUGCACAGUUGGAUCAGCCGCAGUCACAGAGGGGAGACUUGUCGGGGUUGGAACUGUUGAAUCUUGCAUCCAACUUCUUCAUUGGUUUCAUACCUUCUUCGAUUUGGAAGUUGCCUGCACUGCAAGUGCUUGACCUUUCUUCCAACAAGUUUAUUCGGUGUAUUGCCUCAAGAUCUCUCAGGAUUGGUGAUGUACAAGCUACCCGCAGAGAGUAA